UGCAAACCUUUGUCAGAAUGGUAGUGCAUAUUUUCAACAAUAUGACUGAGUCUUAGGUUACUCUUAUCUUAUUUUUUGUUUUACCGAAGAAAAAGAUUAUUCUUUUUUUUCCGUGAAAUUGUAUUUUUUUUUUUAUAUCUUUACCCCCUAAUCAUUUAUACCAUCAUGGUUUUGCUCGGAGGGGAUUCCCCGUGCUAGCCUGUUGCGCAGUACGAAAUUCACAUUUGCACAAUUGGUAGCGAGAUGUUGCAGAAUUUUGCUUGGAUUGAACGAGACUUUUGACCAUAUAAGGAGGCACAGAUACAUGAGGCGACAUGCUGAAUGAAAUGCAAGAGGCACUGUUGGCUGCCCAGCUUGAGACUGAGACCAUCAACAGUUUGGAUCUGUACCUUGGAGACGACGAAAGCGCCCUCUACCGUCUACUGCACAUCAGCAGAUGCCGCAAAAAACUGUGUAAGGAGUGCAAGGAAGUUACGAGAUUGGUGUGUCAGCACAGCACCAAGCAUCUGAGUCCUCGCUACGAUUGCGACAUUCCGUUCUGUGGACAACUACUCGCGCUCAUGAAGGACACACCUGUACUUACACCGGGGCCAUGUUUGUUUACUGUUCAGUACAUCCGCGAAAACAUGGCUCGCAUCAUUGAUAAUAUUGACUAAAGGGCAAAAGAAAAGACUGGGGGAUUCCUUCUGUCAAAGUCAAAGUCCUUCCCGCACCCGAUGGCGCAUAGGGCGGCGCCCAUCACCUCCGUUUCUGUAGUCCUGGGCCGCACAACUGUGUGCAAUCUCUACAGCAGGAUACUGGUAGUGGUGUGCGUUUAACUUCCAUACUCUCUCUCGAAUGCUGAGUGCCAAGCAGAGAAAGCAGCAUGUACCAUUUUUAAAGUCUUUCCGGGUAUGACUCGGCCGAGGAUCUGACUCACGACCUUCUCACUCGGCCAUUGCAUCGGUCUUAUAUAUUCUUUUUGUAUUGAAUUCACUGGGGUGUCCCUGUAGUAGCCUCACAGUUGAGCUCAUGUUGGUUCUAAUUAGUUGGUAACUGGAAUACACAGGUUCAAUCCUGGGCAGGGCCUCUCGGUUGGGGCUACAUCUGUCUUUCGGAAGGGAUGUAAACAUAUCGGUCCCGUGUUUGAGGUUGUGCCUCGAACAUGUUUAAGGUGAAGGGAUAGUAACCCCUCCCUGUAAAAUAUACCCUGCUACUGAAACAAGGAAACUUGCUGUUCUUUAUAUGACUCAAUGGCCUGACUGAACAGCAAGGGAAUACUAUAGAUUCAGCAAGAAAAAAUUACGAUAUGUUUUACAAUUUGUAGUCUUGUGAUAUUGAUAAUAUCACUAUUUGUAAGAAUCAAUAUAGCAAUAUAGCAAUAUAGUAUCAACAUACUGUAGGUUUUUGACAAAUCUUAUUCAUAACGAGUUUAUAUUAACUAAACGAGUUUACAUUAACUAAAUGAAGUUUGAAUGAUAAUUUAUAUGAUAUUUUGUACGUACAGUACUUAUUUAGUGGAUAUGUCAUUCUCCUACGCAAAGGGACCAACGUUGUUACACUCCUGAAUAAUGGAGUUUCUACGACACAGAUUCAUCUCUGCUGUAGGAGAAUGUGGAUAUGAUGCUUAAAACUGCAUGAAUGGACACUGUCAUCGAGAAGUAACCAUGCAGUGUAUUUGUAAACAUAGCUGUAUCACACAUUUAGAGACUUAUCUUUACGUUGUUUUGUACACAAAUGUUCACUUUCGGAACAUGUAUAUCCAAAAACAAAACUAGGAGUAUGCAGUGUGAUGUAAUACAGUCUUUAGAUAAAUGGACCGUGUCUUUAAUGUUUAAAAAAAACGGCAUUGUUUCUUUCUUCCAGUGCAUUGUACAUAAUCAAUAAGCACAUUUCUUGAUAUUGAUAACUAGGUUUGAUGAUUAAAUCAUAAUUUUAUUUGAAAA